GGCAAAGUGUGAUUUUAGGCAGACCAGGCCAGUCAGCAGCCAGUCUAACAUGGAAUCCCAGAGGACAGGAAGAAAACUAAUAAUCCACUUGUCAAAGAAACAAAGGAGGAAAGAUCAGGCUGAGAAUCAGUGAGUGGAGUGGCAGUGAGGGUUGACAGUUGCACAGGCAGCUGGUGCAGAAGGCUUUAGGUGCCACAGUAAGUAGCCUGGGAGAACUUGGCACUGCCCAGUGCCUAGGUGUGCAUUUUACAAAAACUCUUGACAGUGGUUGGAGAAAGAAUUGGGCAGGGAUAAGAGUGAAGGUCUAGAAAUGAUGGCAGUCGUGCAGAAGAUAAUUUAGGAGGCUUAAACUAAGGCCUUAGCAGUAAGAAGGAGGUGGGCGAUGGGGUGGGAGCUUCAGAACUACUUAGGCAAUAGAAUCAGCGGUCCUAGGGGCUGUUUUGGAUGUGGCCAAGGGAAAUAGCCCGUUUCUGUUUUAGGCAAAAGGGUGGAGGGCAAGGUGGAUAUGAGGGUCUGUAAUUGGGAGGGAUCUUGGGCAGAGAUGAGGACCUGAGACGGUGUGUGGGAGUGCUGGGAGCCAUGAGGGUUCCCAGGGGAAUAUGUGGAGCCAGAAGAGGAACAGCUCAAGGUGGAAGAAGGGGCCAGAAACAUCCAGGGGCAGCAGCCCGGAGGGCAAGCACCAGCCUGAAGAAGCUAAUGCAGUGUGGUCUGCAUGGAAGAAAUGAGGCAUGAGGGGAGUGGGAUGUGAAGACCACUUUUUCCAGUUACAACAGGCAGUAGGAUGGCAAAGCAGUACCUGGAGGGGAAGGUGUAGAAGAGGAAACAAAUUUGCUUUCUGAUAUUUUUAAAACUUUGUUUGGUAAUAAUUUUAAAUGCACAGAAAAAAUUCAAGAAUAUGAACAGUUAAAAGAUUCCAAUCACUCAGAUUUACCUGCAGUUAACAUUUGACUUCAUUUUGUCCUCUUGCUCUCUCUUUCAUACAUGCAAGUAUUUUUCUAAACCAUUUGUAGGUAAGUUAUAUACAUCAUGGCCCUUUAUCCCUAAAUACUUCACCGUAUAUUUCCUAAGGAUUGGGAUAGUCUCAUAGAUAACUACAGUACAGUUUUUCAAAUUGAGUAAAUUGGAAGUUGAUACUGCUUUUACCUAGUCUACCAUCCAUAUUCCAACUUUUUCAGCUGAUACAAUUGUUUUCUAUAACAAUUUUCCCCUCCGCUACAGAUCCAGUCAAGGUCAGGAAUUUAAUAUAGUGGUCAAGUCUCUUUAGCCUUCUUUAAUCUGGAACAUUUCUACAGCUCUUCUUUGUCUUUUAUGAAAAUGAUGUAUUUGAAAAAUAUAGUCCCCCCUCUUCUCUCCACCCUCUGUUUUAGUAGAAAACAUUUUUCAUUUUGGGUUUGCCUGGUGAUUCAGUUCAUGUAAUGCAUUCUCAUAGGUGAUGUGUCCUUCUCCCUACUAAAAGCGUAUUAUGUCCAUCUGCCCCUCUGGAGGUGUUAAAUUAGAACACCUGGCCAAGGCAUUGUCUCUCCACUCUUGAAUUUUUCCCCCUUGUAAAUAAUUUAAGCAUUAUAAAUAUUUAAGACCAUGCAGAUAUCCUGCUCCUUGUCAGAAUUUCCUCCUAGACGUAGAAUUCACUGAUGAUUCGCUCCUGAUCCAGUCUUUAUUCUGAUAGUUGCAGAGUGCUGACUUUUCCAAUUCUGGUAUUCCUUCUACAUUUAUCAACCAGCACUCACAUUCUGCUGUAAGCAAGAGGCCUCCCUUUCUCCCCUGUUUGUACCUGUGUAGACUCAUGAAAUCCUAUCUUCAAUGGUUUAUAAUGUAUCACUAUACUUAGUUAUUAUGGUGCUUGAACACUGGAUGUUCAAGCUGGGUCUUGCAGCAUGUCCCUACCUUUUUUUGAGCCUCUGUUUACUUGCUGGUAUAACAUGAUGCUCAUCUUGUAUGUUUCCUGCUCUCAGCCUGAAAUCAGCCAUUUCUUUGAGAAGCUCUGGUUCCUUUAGUAAAUAAUGGUAAUAGAGACCCAGAAUGAGGGUACUAGAUGUGCUCAUUACCACUGGAGUGUUUUUAUUUUUUGAGCUUUCAGCAAACAAAACUAGGAAAUUAGGAAAUAUGUGCAAAUAUAUACAUACAGCCGUACAGACUUGAAUAUACAUGCAUGCACAUAUAUGUGAUUUAGAAAUCAUAAGUUCACACCAGUACUUCAAAUUCAUCCCAAGGUUCAUUUUUGCCUUCCUCUGUUCCUUAUUUUUAUGUCCCUUUCUCUAGGAGAGCCCUGAGUCCAACAAAAUCAACACAUUUACUCAGGUUCUUAAUACAUCUUAAGUUGUUUCAGAAUCGCUUUGUUCAUACCUCUGCAGAAAACCUGCUAACAGUUGAAUUGUUUGUACCUCUUCCCACUGCCCCGCCUCCAGCUUUCCCCAGACUGAAUGUACUUAUGUAGUCAAAUGCGUUUCUAAGUUGCCUGGAUUACUUCUGUGUUUCUUUUUUGUUUUCUUCCUGCGAUUGUGGUAUUCAUGUGAAAUGCAAAUAGGUUGAUUUGUUUUGUUUAAGCAGUUUUUCCCCUUUCCAAUCCUCACUGAUGUUUAAUUUUAAAUUCUUCGAAUACGUAGAAUAUUAUGUAUUUUGCAUAGUAAAAACUAUUAAAAAGGCUAUAUACUCAAGAGUCUCUCUCUUUCCCCCAUCCCUUCUGCUCCAUUCUCCACACUCCUCCCUUGUAGGCGAUGAACCUCGUUGUUCUCUGGUUUAUGGUUGCUAUAAAGAGAAACACAUAUGUGCUUGUUUUCCUGUUUUCUUUCCUACACGAAACAUACCAUGUAUAUUACUCUUUUUCACUUUGACCUUCUGACUUUAGGAUAUACAAAUUGUUCCAUAUCAAUUCAGAAACUCUCCUCAUCCUUUUUUAGUACUCCAUUGUGCAUAUGUGCCAGUUUAUUUAACCAGUCUUCUGUGCUUGGAGAUUUAUGUAGGUUUCCAGAUUUUGCAAUUACAAAUAAUGCUGUAAUGAAUCACUCUGUGCAUGUAUGUUUUUUAUAUUGUUGGAGGUGCAUCCUCAUUAUAAAUUCCUAAAGUAGGACUUCUGGGUAAAUGCAUAUGUAGUUUUGAUAGAUAUUGGCAAAUUCCCCUUAAAAGGGGCUGUGCCAGUUUGCAUUCCCAGCAGUGUAUGAGAGUGCCUGUUUCCUCCACAGCCUUAUCAACAGUGUAUUGUCAAGCUUUGAACAUUUGCUAAUAUGACAGGUUGCCUUCUUCCUCAUCUCUGCAGUAACUGUCUUCAUGGUUUCAUAGCCUUCUCCCUGAUACCCCUCCCCAGUGUCACAUUUGAAGACGAGCACUGAGGAUGAGGAACCAACUGAAGAAUAUGAAAAUGUUGGAAAUGCAGAAUCUAAGUGGCCAAAAGUGGAGGAUCCUAUGCCUGAAUCUAAGGUUGGUGACGCAUGUGUUUGGGAUAGCAAGGUAGAGAAUCAACAGAAAAAGCCUGUGGAAAACAGGAUGAAGGAAGACAAAAGCAGCAUCAGGGAAGCAAUCAGCAAAGCCAAGAGUACUGCAAAUAUAAAGACCGAACAGGAAGGUAAGGCAUCUGAGAAGACCUUGCAUCUAAGCCCACAGCAUAUCACCCACCAGACUAUGCCUAUAGGACAGAGAGGCAGUGAGCAAGGCAAACGUGUGGAGAACAUCAAUGGAACCUCCUACCCUAGUCUACAGCAGAAAACCAGUGCUGUUAAGAAAUUACAUAAAUGUGAUGAAUGUGGGAAAUCCUUCAAAUAUAAUUCCCGCCUUGUUCAACAUAAAAUUAUGCACACUGGGGAAAAGCGCUAUGAAUGUGAUGACUGUGGAGGGACUUUCCGGAGCAGCUCGAGCCUUCGGGUCCACAAACGGAUCCACACUGGGGAGAAGCCGUACAAGUGUGAGGAAUGUGGGAAAGCCUACAUGUCCUACUCCAGCCUUAUAAACCACAAAAGCACCCAUUCUGGGGAGAAGAACUGUAAAUGUGAUGAAUGUGGAAAAUCCUUUAAUUAUAGCUCUGUUCUGGACCAGCAUAAAAGGAUCCACACUGGGGAGAAGCCCUAUGAAUGUGGUGAGUGUGGGAAGGCCUUCAGGAACAGCUCUGGGCUCAGAGUCCACAAAAGGAUCCACACGGGGGAGAAGCCCUAUGAAUGCGACAUCUGUGGGAAAACCUUCAGUAAUAGCUCUGGCCUUAGGGUCCACAAAAGGAUCCACACGGGUGAGAAACCUUACGAAUGUGAUGAGUGUGGGAAGGCCUUCAUUACUUGUAGAACACUUCUCAACCAUAAAAGCAUCCACUUUGGAGAUAAACCCUAUAAAUGUGAUGAGUGUGAGAAAUCUUUUAAUUAUAGCUCUCUUCUCAUUCAGCAUAAAGUCAUCCACACUGGAGAGAAACCUUAUGAAUGUGAUGAAUGUGGGAAGGCUUUCAGGAACAGCUCAGGCCUCAUAGUGCAUAAAAGGAUCCACACAGGAGAGAAACCUUACAAAUGUGAUGUCUGUGGCAAAGCAUUCAGCUAUAGCUCAGGCCUUGCAGUCCAUAAAAGCAUUCACCCUGGGAAGAAAGCCCAUGAAUGUAAGGAGUGUGGGAAAUCCUUUAGUUAUAACUCACUUCUUCUUCAACAUAGAACUAUUCAUACCGGAGAGAGACCUUACGUAUGUGAUGUGUGUGGGAAAACGUUCAGAAACAAUGCAGGCCUCAAAGUCCACAGGAGGCUUCAUACUGGGGAAAAACCAUAUAAGUGUGAUGUGUGUGGGAAAGCCUAUAUCUCACGCUCUAGCCUUAAAAAUCACAAAGGAAUCCACCUUGGGGAGAAGCCCUAUAAAUGUAGCUAUUGUGAGAAAUCCUUCAACUACAGCUCUGCCCUUGAACAGCAUAAAAGGAUUCAUACCAGGGAAAAACCCUUUGGGUGUGAUGAGUGUGGUAAAGCUUUCAGAAAUAAUUCUGGCCUUAAAGUACAUAAACGAAUCCACACUGGGGAGCGACCUUACAAAUGUGAAGAAUGUGGGAAAGCAUACAUCUCUCUCUCGAGCCUUAUAAAUCAUAAAAGUGUACACCCUGGGGAGAAGCCCUUUAAGUGUGACGAGUGUGAGAAGGCCUUCAUCACAUACCGAACCCUUAUAAACCACAAAAAAGUUCAUCUUGGGGAGAAGCCCUACAAAUGUGAUGUGUGUGAGAAAUCUUUUAAUUACACAUCACUCCUUUCUCAGCACAAAAGGGUCCACACUAGAGAGAAACCCUAUGAAUGUGACAGGUGUGAGAAGGUCUUCAGAAACAACUCAAGCCUUAAAGUUCAUAAAAGAAUCCAUACUGGGGAGAGGCCCUAUGAAUGUGAUGUGUGUGGAAAAGCCUACAUCUCACACUCAAGCCUUAUUAACCAUAAAAGUACCCACCCUGGCAAGACACCCCAUACAUGUGAUGAGUGUGGAAAAGCUUUUUUCUCAAGCAGAACUCUUAUAAGCCAUAAAAGAGUCCAUCUUGGGGAGAAACCCUUCAAGUGUGUUGAGUGUGGGAAAUCUUUCAGUUACAGCUCUCUCCUUUCUCAGCACAAGAGGAUCCACACAGGGGAGAAACCCUAUGUGUGUGAUAGGUGUGGGAAGGCCUUCAGGAACAGCUCAGGCCUCACAGUGCAUAAAAGGAUCCACACAGGUGAGAAACCCUAUGAAUGUGAUGAGUGUGGGAAGGCAUACAUCUCACACUCAAGUCUUAUCAAUCAUAAAAGUGUCCACCAGGGGAAGCAGCCCUAUAAUUGUGAGUGUGGGAAAUCCUUCAAUUAUAGAUCAGUCCUUGACCAGCACAAAAGGAUCCACACUGGAAAGAAGCCAUACCGAUGUAAUGAGUGUGGUAAGGCUUUUAAUAUCAGAUCAAAUCUCACGAAGCAUAAAAGAACCCAUACUGGAGAGGAAUCUUUAAAUGUGAUAUAUGUGGGAAGUUAUAGUGGCACAUCCCAGAAGAGAACCUAUGAGGGAGGGAAUGCCCUGGAUGGGGGCAGGAUGAGGAUGCCUCUGUAGCAGGCAGAGCUUACCGAGUCUCUCUGAACUCAAAUGGAAGAAAUACCUUAUGAAUGUAAGAAUGUAGGGGGUCAUGGCUUUUAAUUUACACAGUGUAAAUGAAACCAUCCUAGAGGAUUAUGAGGAAUCUUUUCUAUGUGAUUUUCAAUCAUAGCGAGCAAGAAAGGCUCCAGUGUCAAGGUAGUUCAGCUCUUAGAGGAUAUAAAAUAGUCCAUACUUGAGAGAAAAACUUAUCUAAGUGAUGGAAUGUGAAGCAAAUCUUCAAAAUGAGUAGACAUUUCUGGACAUAAAACACAGAUGAGGAAAGGACUUCAAUUAGAAGUUAUGUAAUCACCAUCAGAAAGUUCAUGUUUGGUAAAUUCUGUUACUAGAAAUGUAGGAAAUUCAGGUAUAGCUUUGAAUCCCAAUUACACAUUGGCCAGUGGGAAAACUAAAGGCCUCCAACAGGCAAAUUCAGGGAGGAUAGGUUUCAGGGAAUAUAAAUUUAUUUAAUAUUAGUGGUCUUUAAGUAUAAACUUGAUGUAAUUGGUUUGGGAGGGGGCAGUGAUGAUGACUUCUGAAACAAAAUUUGGAUUUCCUUUUAGAAAAAGUAAAAAGCAUAGACUUACAAGUCUUAACAGGAGAUAGGAGAGAGUCACUCAUAAAAAAUGCAAAUUGAUGAACGUACUAUUGUGAUACAUUAGUUGAAUGGAUGAAACUUUUUUAAAGUUUCAGAUGAACUCCCAUAAUGAAUGAUGAAUUUGUGAUGAGGGAUAACAUGGAAGUGGUAUUCACACAUUAUGCUACAAUAAAAGAUUAUACCAUGGAGAGGAUUUUGACACAUUCAGUAACUAAUGGAACACACCGUCAACAUGAAUUUGCACCUUACAUGACAGAAGUGAUUCAGGGAUUCCUGUGAAUAGAAAUGUUGAGAAGGAACGCAUUUUAUCACAGAAGCUAAAAAGCUAAGUACCAGUCAUCUAGAGAGAAGGAAAUUAAUGUUUCUUAAUAAUCCUGUUAAAUGUUUGAUUGUUUUUGGAAUGUGUUAUUGUAAAGAUGUCAUGCAGGACGUGUAUAUUGUCUGUUGUAAAAUGUUAACGAAUACUUUGUUCAGGGCUCACUCUCUCUUUGUCAUGAAAGCCAGCUCCUUGUGGCGAGGUAAAGUGGAAUUCCAAUAAAGAAAUUCCUUAAAUCAAAA